UGCUUUUACCACAAAACAAUCAAUCACCAAAGCUUUUAUAUAUAUCUAUAUUGUUUAAUACUUAAACCUACCAAACAAUAUGGCCUCUUCAUCCCGUACUCCAUUCGACGACGCCAUGGAAGAAAGCUACUCUCAACCACUUGAUCAACAAUUCGAGAAUAUGUUCGUCGAAUUGUCUAAUGGCGAAGAGGUUGCAAAGAAAAAUAGGAAACGAGCUUAUUUUGAUAGAAAACGCGAAGAAGGGCACGUCCUUUUAUGGAACGAUUAUUUUAGUGAUAAUGCGAUGUUUCCACCUCAAACUUUUCGCCGCCGUUUUCGAAUGAACAAGCCGUUGUUCUUGCGUAUUGUUGAGCGACUCUCCAGUGAAAUCCCGUUCUUUCAACAUCGAAGAGAUGCCACAGGAAGGUUUGGACACUCUCCAAUACAAAAAUGUACGGCAGCCAUUCGUUUGCUUGCUUAUGGUUAUGCGUCUGAUGCGGUUGACGAAUACCUCCGUAUGGGUGAAAGCACUGCGAUGUCUUGCUUGGAGAAUUUUACAGAGGGAAUUAUUUCUUUCUUCGGAGAUGAAUAUCUAAGAGCACCUACAGCCACAGAUCUGAGAAGACUACUCAAUAUUGGAAAGAUACGCGGAUUUCCCGGGAUGAUAGGAAGUCUCGAUUGUAUGCACUGGGAGUGGAAGAAUUGUCCCACCGCUUGGAAAGGCCAGUAUACACGUGGCUCUGGAAAACCAACCAUCGUUUUAGAGGCGGUCGCAUCACAAGAUCUCUGGAUUUGGCACGCAUUUUUUGGACCUCCAGGUACCUUAAACGAUAUAAAUAUUCUUGAUCGAUCACCAAUUUUUGAUGAUAUAUUACAAGGUCGAGCUCCGAAUGUGAAUUACAAAGUCAAUGGCCGGGAGUAUCAUUUAGCUUACUAUCUCACAGAUGGUAUUUAUCCGAAAUGGUCGACUUUUAUCCAAUCUAUUCGACUACCACAAACUCGGAAAGACACUUUAUUUGCUACACAUCAAGAAGCGGCCCGUAAAGAUGUCGAACGUGCAUUUGGAGUAUUGCAAGCUCGCUUUCACAUUAUUAAAUACCCAGCUCUUGUUUGGGAUAAGGAAAAAAUUGGAAAUAUUAUGAAAGCAUGUAUCAUACUGCACAAUAUGAUAGUCGAAGACGAACGAGAUGGGUACAACACUCAGUUUGAUGUUUCAGAAUUCCUACAAGUUGAAGGAAACCAAACUUCACAAGUCGAUUUAUCGUAUUCUACAGGUAUGCCUCCAAAUAUCGAGAAUAUGAUGGGCAUGCGAAAUCAACUUCGUGAUCAAAAUAUGCAUCAACAAUUGAAAAGUGAUUUGGUUGAGCAUAUAUGGAGAAAAUUUCGCAACAAUCAGCAGAAUAACUAAUCGUUUU